CCUCUUCAAGUAACCGAAGAAAAUCCCCUUCCAAGGUCCAUGAAUGAGACAAACCAUUCUCAGGUGACAGAAUUUGUGCUGCUGGGCCUCACUGGUUCCAAGGAGCUGCAGCCUUUCUUGUUCGUCACUUUCCUACUGCUCUACCUGGCAAUCCUGCUGGGCAACCUCCUCAUCAUCCUCACUGUAACCUCUGACUCCCGCCUUCACACCCCAAUGUACUUCCUGCUCGCCAACCUCUCUUUCAUAGAUAUAUGCGUUGCUUCUUUUGCUACCCCCAAAAUGAUUUCAGACUUGCUGCUUGAACGCAAGACUAUUUCUUUUGACGCCUGCCUGGCUCAAAUCUUCUUUGUUCACCUCUUCACCGGCAGUGAAAUGGUCAUCCUUGUGUCCAUGGCCUAUGACCGCUAUGUGGCUAUAUGCAAACCGCUCCACUACAUGACGGUCAUGAGCCGCCGGGUUUGCAUUUGUCUCGUCCUCGUCUCCUGGGCCGUGGGCUUCGUCCACACGACUAGCCAGCUGGCAUUCACUGUAAACCUGCCUUUCUGUGGUCCCAAUCAGGUAGACAGUUUUUUCUGUGACCUCCCCUUAGUGACCAAGCUAGCCUGCGUGGACACCUACGUGGUCAGCUUGCUCAUUGUGGCCGACAGCGGCUUUCUCUCCACGAGCUCCUUCCUCCUCCUGCUCGUCUCCUACACGGUGAUACUUACCACGAUCAGGAAUCGCUCCUCGGCCAGCAUGGCGAAAGCCCGCUCCACGCUCACGGCCCACAUCACCGUCGUCCUACUAUUUUUUGGGCCGUGCAUUUUCAUCUACGUGUGGCCGUUCAGUAGUUACUCAAUUGACAAAAUCCUCGCUGUGUUUUACACCAUCUUUACUCCCAUCUUAAACCCAGUCAUCUACUCCCUAAGGAAUACAGAAAUGAAGGCAGCUUUGUCAAAACUGAAGAGCCGGUAUCUGAGGCCUGGCCAGGUGUCUGCACUCACAGGAUGUGCCCUCUCCCUGCAAACAGAGUAG